AUGGGCAAGCGGAAGAAGUCGAGUAGACAACCCCAGGGACCGAAGAAGAGAGAGUCACUCCCGACAACAUUUGCAUGUUUAUUUUGCAACCAUGAAAAUUCUGUUAUUAUCAAACUGGACAAGAAGUUGGGUCUAGGGAAUCUGUCCUGCAAAGUUUGCGGGCAGAGAUUUCAAACAGGUAUCAAUUAUCUUUCUGCUGCCGUUGAUGUGUACUCUGACUGGGUCGAUGCAUGCGAUGCGGUGGCUAAAGAUGCUGCGCACAAAUAUGAACCAAAUACUUCAAACAUGCAUUCCACUGGACAUACUUUAUCUUCCGGUGAGCAAGAAGUCGGAGAUAGUGCUGCCCGGCUGGAUGCACACAAUGAUGAUUAUUAA